AUGAGCAAAAACGAUAACCGUUUUGAUAAAAUAAAAUAUGACCCAAAAUUUUAAAUGAUGUCUAAAAAAGACAGAAAAGUAAAAAUAGACAAUCGUUUUUCAUCUAUGCUUACAGAUAAGAAAUUUAAAAUAGUCUCUAAAACUGAUAAAUAUGGUCGCGAAAUAAAAACAGAUGACAAAAUAAAUAAGGAACUUUAAGAUUUUUAUUAUUAAUCAGAUGAUGAUAAAUAAAACUAAUAAAAAAAUUAAAAAAAGAACCUAAAAAAAUAAUAAUAAUAAGAAUAUGAUGAAUCAUAAUAAUCUGAUUAAAGUUUUUAAUGGUCAAAAGUAAGUUCUACUGAUUCUGAAGAAUUAGAAGAAAUAAACGAAGAUUUAACAGAUGAACCUGAGUUUCAUUAUGGAAUUUAAAAAGAGAAUGUUCCAUUAUCGGAAUAAUCAAGUAGUAAACUUGCUUUAGUAAACUACGAUUGGAUGAAUAUUAAAGUUUAAGAUUUAAUUUUAUUAUUUAAUUCAUUUAAAGGAACCGAUGGUGUUAUUAAUCGAGUUUCUUUAUAUAUUUCUGAUUUCGGAAAAUAAAAAUUAGAAGAAGAAAAUUAAAAAGGGCCUUAAAAUAUUUGGAAAGAGGAAAAAAAUGUUUCAAUUGUUUAAAAAAAUGAAAAAAAUAAAGUAAAAAAAUUGAUGUUUAUAACCAUAAUGUGAUAGCUAAUGUUAUAGACGAAGACUGUGAUUUGGACCCUGUAAAAUUAAGGGAAUACGAAAAAUAGAGAAUGAGAUAUUAUUAUGCAGUCAUAGAAUGCGAUAGUAUAAAAACAGCAGAAAGAAUCUACGAAGAAUGUGAUGGUUAAGAAUUCGAAUUAUCAAAUAUUCCAAUUGAUUUAAGGUUUGUGCCCGAAAAUACUAUUUUUCCUUACGAACCAAUUGAUAUAUGUGAAUAAAUUCCCGGAGAUGCGGAAGUAAAGAAUAUUAUAUGUAAAAGUAUUGGACAUACUAAUGUUAAUUUAACUUGGGAUUAACCGGUUUUGGAUAGAUUUAAAUUCUUGGAAGGAAAAAAAGCGAAAGAUUUAGAUAAAAUAGAUUGGUCAAAAUAUGUUGGGAAUGAAAAUGAAGACGAAGAAUGGGAUAAUAUAGAAAAAGAAAAAACAAUAUAAAAUAAUAAUUUAGGAGAAAUCGAAGAAUUAGAGAGAUAAAUUUUAGAAUAGGAAGAGGAUUUAAAAAGACUGAAAAAAGAAAAAAAAGAGAAAAAUUAAAUAGAAAUUAAAUUUAAUUAAGGUUUUGAAGAUUUAAUGGGGAAAAUUCAGGAUAAAAAAUUAAAGGAAAAUGAAAACAUUUUCGAAACUAAAGAAAGGAAAAGAAAAGAAAAAUAAAAUAAAAGGAAAACUUAAAUGAUGGAAGAUAGAAUUAAUG